AUGGAUGUAGCAGAGAGGGGCCCACACACCGUGGAGGUCCCUGCAGCUUCCCCCCUAGGAUCGUUCGUCGGCAAUCAACUCAACGGCGGGGUCAUCGCUGGCGGCAACGUCACGCAGAUCAUACACAACUAUGUUCCCCAAGCGUCAGCGGAGGAUAUGUCCCCCCUGGUAGAAGGGAUUAGGGACUGGCUGAAUGUGAAGGUUAACUUUCGAGCCAUCCAUAACGACGUUAGGCAGAAACGAGUCGGAUCCACGGGAGACUGGCUCAUAAACAGUCCCGAGUAUCAGCAAUGGAAACGGUCCAGGGGCGGCGUUCUAUGUGGGACGGGAAUCCCCGGCGCUGGGAAAACAGUCUUAAUGUCUCGUGUUAUCGACGACCUACUGCCACUUGAAGAGUCGACCGAUCGAAAGGUUUGCGUCCUCUUCGCCUACAACCGUUACACCGAACCUCUUUCCCUAUGCGACAUCCUGAAAGGGUUCGUCCUCCAAGUCGUCGAGCGGCACCAACACCUCGCCGAGCUCGUCAAGCCGAUCAAAAAACGCUGCACAUCGGAGCGAACAGAGCCAACCUCGGACAAUCUGAUCGAUCUCCUUCUCAAGCUAGAGGGGCAUUUCGACUUUGUCUACUAUGGCCUUGAUGGCAUGGACGAGGUCCAGUUCCACACCCGAAUCCAGCUCGUUAAAGCCAUCAAUCAACUGCGAGGCAACUUUGUCAUUGCAUCCCGGCGCUUGGAAGAGUUGCAGUCGAAUCUGCAGCGUGCGGUUCAGUUCCCUUUGGUGGCGCGUAACGAAGAUAUGACGCUUCUCAUCGAGGAGAAGCUUAUGUGGUACCAGGGUCUGAAUGGGAUCCUCGAAGAUGCGGGUUGUCGAGAGAAGAUCAUCGGGAUAUUUUGGAGAAGGCUAAUGGAAUGUAAGGCCCCCGCCGCCUCACCUCCGAUCUGCGCAGGGCACUGA